GAGAUCCGAGCUUGACCCGCUUGACGGUCGCACGUUGUUUUUUUUUUUUUUUUUGCCAACAAUCAAGCGUUGGUGAAAUUCGUUUGCUGGAAUGCCCAACAUGUGAGUUUUAACAACAGAGCGGCCGGUUUGGAGACUUUAAAGUUGCUGCUGCGGGGUGCAAAUGGAUUUUAAUGCCAAAAUAAGGAUGCGGCGUGACGUGCAACAAAGACAACUAUGAACAAUGGCAGAGAGGCACAGCAGGGGCGCGCCGGCGAAGAACUGCGGCGUCUCUUUUCAAAAGUUUGGGUCGUGCAGGGCCGACAGCAAGAGUGAGGAUUCGGAGGCGGCCGCUGGUUCUGUCGCUCUGGAGCCCAGCGGGGCAGAGCAGCGUCAUGUCAGCGCGUCGAGAAAAGUUUCCAAAAUCUCUGCCACCGCAACCGCAGAGCCAAAGAAAGCCUCCUCCGCCCCUCUCUCCUCCAUUUCUCCCUCUAUCCGCCAGCUCACCGAGAAAUUCAGCAGCAGCAGCAGCAGCAGCAGCAGCGGCUGUGGAGGCGGCGAGAGGACCCAGCACGCCCGGCCGGGAGACGCUGCAGCGGUGCAGCGCGAGAGCCGCACGCGUCCUCGCGUCAGGAGGAGCAGCUCUCUGUCCCGGCUGUCUUUGCACCCGGACGGCGGUGCGGCGAUCUUGCCGGACAACAAGUCUUUCCUGGACAAAGUGCACAAGUUUAACUCCGCCGCGGAUUCUCUUUCUGUGUCGGACUCUGAGAGAAAAAGUAAAAGGUGGACUUGUGCGGGGAUAGCAACCGAUUCCUGGGGUAAGAAAACUCCCUUUUUCGCAUCUGAUCACCCGAAGUCUUGUCUUGACAAUGAUGAAGAGGACGUCAAAUUUAGUGGACCUUCUAAAGCUCACAGAACUUAUCGAGGCAGCGAAUUUAGUCCCCUGAAUUCUGAUAAAUGGCCCAGCGUGACCAAAAUAAGACAGCUUUUUGAUGAGAGACCAAAGCAAAGCCACACUUGCGAGGAUCAACAACAGGCCGGUAAAGGCGAUUUGGGCCUGAAGAGCGACCCGGAGCGUGCCCCUCUUUCGGAUAAAAACGCCAAACUUUCAUCUUACUCCUCAGUUAAUGCAGCCAAAAGUCUCUGUUCAUCUGAGGGGAGCUUAGUUGAAGGACAAAACAGCGCUGCUGUCCAACAGACACUUUGUGACACUAUGGACUUGCGUUCCAAAAUCUAUGAGCAGCAGUACGCACUUGAUGAGGAGGCACGUUUGAAAACAUCGGGUUAUUAUCACGAAACAAUUUCUGGUGAGAAUAAGUUCCAAAACAGUAGCGUUGGUACUUGUUGUCAGGAUUACCAUCGCGAAAAAAGUAACUCAUCUCCAUUCAGAUCUCACAGCCCCAGCUCAGAGGCAAAGGCUUCCUCUAAAACUCCCACACUGAUCCAGCUAACCCCUGACCCCCACCCUGACCUUCAGACCUCUGCUACUACUUCUCAGAGCGGCUCGGUGAGCCAGGACCCGUCCUUCUGCGCCUCCUUUCUUCAGAAGCCGAUAGUGAGGGAGAAAAGGGUUAGUCAGGGGGUCGGGCUGGCGAGGGAUAGUUUACAUUCCUCACAUAGCUCCUCUACAGCUCCCGCCCCUCUCCCCUUAUUCCCCCUCCGCGCUCCAGCUCCAGAUAAAGCCAUUACCUCCUCCUCAACUGCAGCUCCCUCCUCAGCCCCUGUCAGAGUUGACUCUUUGCGGAGCUCCCGUUGGAGGUUUAGCUCCGGGGACGAAGAGGAGGAGCGUAGCGGGAAGAAAAGAGGAGGUGUUAGCUGGAGAGGCCCUUCUCAUCCUUUUCUUGGCAUCAGCGGAGGAGAGGGGGGCGUCACAGAGCAAGGUGGCAAUUAUUUGUCACGCAGUAAAAAUGGCCGGUGGAAUGCGCAGGCCGUUGGCAGGUCUUCGGGUAGUGAAGAGGAGAGCCCUGGUUCUCUAGGCUCAUCCAGUAAGGAGGCUGUGCGGCGCCGCUCUCUGAGAAAGAAGAAGCGGUUCUGCGGCGGCGCCUCGGCGACCGGCCGUGAUGAUUAUAACGAUCAUGAUAGCGAAUCAGACGAAAGCGACAGUAAGCCGUCCGUGACCAUGGAGCCCUUGGAUAGGCCUCGCCAUAUGACCACGGGAGGAGAGUUUUUUCCAAGAGUAUCACGGAGCCACUCUGCAAGAGAAUCCACUUUUCACAGUAACAGAGCAAGGAUGCAGCAGCAGUGGGAGCGCAUCUCUUGCCCUGUGGCGUCCACAACGCUUCCUGGCGUGUCUCGAGUCGCAAAGGUCAGCAUCCCCCCUUUUGGCUCCAGUUCCGGUGGUUCCCGUUAUAGCAGCCGAUAUUCCAGCACUGAGACGUUGAAGGCGGAGGACCCAGUCAACUCCACCAAUCGUGGCGCAAACACAUUUUUGAACACCGGUGGUGACCCCACUGCUCGAAACGCUUCCUCGUCUAUGCUGAGUAAAACGUACUAUGGGAAUUUUACGAUGUACCGUUCCCCGAGCUUUGGACACGGGGAUAAUUUCCCUCGUACCCAAGUGCGGACACGCCCCAAGAUUGUGCCCGUAGACUCAUCCCCUUCCGGGGUCCUUACUGCAGAAGGAAGACUACCUGAGACUGUGACAUCACAGCAAACAACUGGAGGGGAUAGCGCAGAUGUUAUGAAUGGAAUAUCCAAAUCCAACCCCGAUAUCACAACAGAAACGAUGACACUGCUGAAUUUCUUAAAAUCAGACAUUUCAGACCUGAAGGUGCGGAAAACAGGCGAGGAAAUGAAAUGUGGAUUGGCUCCGCUGAGUCACGUUGGGACUCCGUUGCCCUCUGGUCGUCGGUUGUCACUAAAAGACUUGACCGCUACCCUGCGGCGUGCAAAAUCCUUCACGUAUUCUGGUAAAUCCCCGACAGCCGUGCGAUGUUACCUGGCAAGUGGUACAACCAAAAGAAGCACUUCUGAGCAAGAACUUGACCUGGAUAGAGAAAAGAAUGGAGGCAGGCUUCCCAACUCUGACAGGGAGGUAGAAAGUGACAGUGGGGAUUUUAGGCUCGGAAGAGGGCGAAGGUUUUUCGAUUAUGGGUAUGAUGACCCUGAGGAGGACGUGAUGCCAACGCCGCUGCAAGAAAAAUAUGUGCAGGAAGCCAGGCAGGUUAUUCAGGAUAUCUGCCAGAUGAACACCAGAGAAGAUGACGAUAUUGAUAUCACAAGCGUGAUUGAGGAUAAUUGUUUGAAGAUCAAGAAAACCGAUGAAGAAAAGAGAAAAGGAAUGCACAUUGGAGGUGAGGCAGCGACGGACAAAUGGGCCGAGUUUAAAACCACAACGGAAAGAGAUAAACAUGAGCAAGAGAAUGGGGAGAGGGAGAAGAGAGAGAGGGAUGGACAAAGUAUGCAGCCGGAGAAGCUGAACAGGAGUGAUACAGAGUACCAGGAGAAGGUGAAGAGACAGAGCAGAGAGACAGCGAGGGUAUUACUGAAGGGGGACUCGGAAGAAAGCGUGUGCUUUGACCGCUCUGUGGAUGAGCUUUCAGGCCACGAGUCGAGUCUAACAGAUGAAGGGAUUGUAACGGAGCCAGAGAUUGGCCCUGCUGACCCCUCUGAGAAAGCUUUCUUGAGGUCAGGAAGGGUUAAUUUGGGGGCAUGCAUCGCUAGGGAUGUACUCGGGCAGCCCGUCACCAUAUGGAAGCAAUCAGUGCUCCAUGAAGAGAAAGGGCUUAAGAAGGAAAGCGAGGAAAUGAUGGAGAACAACACCGGGUGUACGGUUCGUCUAAAUGAAGUCUGCAUACCUCCCUCCUUGCUUCACCCCUCCCGUGCGGAAGAGCUCGACUGCAUUAUCACGGACUCCGUCGCUGGUCUCAACUGCGUCGACGCUACCAAUGAGGCAAGCAACAGCAGCGGUUCCGUACCGCAGGCAUCGGCAGUUGUUCCGGAAGGCUUUGAAGCUCCUGAUACCCCCAGCGCUGUCCGCCGAAGACGCAAGUUCUCCCCUUCUAAUAACAGUAACGGAGCCUCAGAGGGUUCUUACAGUAGCACAGAUUCAACAGCAGCAGCUGACGGGAUUGGGGAUUCAACAGUUUAUCGCUCCCUCAGCGAUCCGAUGCCUCAAAGAUGCUCUACUGUGGCUGAGGAAGACAAUUUUUCCUCUGUCGACAGCAACCUUUUAGGAUCUCUUGGUCUCAAAUCUCCUGCUGUACCCCCCUUUUCAGAACACAAAGGAAGCGUGGCCAGUGACUUGUCUGUGUACAGCGAUGGCGGACUCUGGGAAGAAGUAGUUGGUGACUACAGCGGCGUCAUCAGGAGCAUUGUAGCUGAGCCGGGAGCCGUGGACAGAGUGAUGACUGAUUAUGGCAAUGGCAAAGCUCCUAAAAAGAAAUCGUUUAGUGACCCCAGUCGACGUAGCGAUGCAGCUUUGCUUUCCUAUAAUGACUCUCGGUUUAAAGGUCAGUCCCGUAGCACUGGCCCAAUCAAUGAGUUGGAUCAGGUUGGCGCAAUCCCACCUUCCAGCAGCGAGCCAAUCCUAAAUAAGCAUCAAGAAACAACAUGGGAGGCCGAGGGGCAGCCUAAAGUGGACUUAAUCACACAGUCCAAUGAUUGUCACCGCAGAAGUGUCAAUAUUGACAGCAAGAGGGCCCAGUCCCAGUCCGGCAAUCCCGACUAUGAGAACAAUGUUAUAGAUCAAAGUGGGCAAAAAAAAGCGGCGGAGACAAGGAGAUUUAAUUUCGACCUCAAGCUCGCUGAAGCUUUAUCGCCUAGGAUGGUUCGCCGAUCCCCGAGAAAGCGCCCAAACAGGUUGGCUCAUUUUUUUUCUCACGAAGAACCACUUGAGCCCCCAGAACUCGAGGAGCAAGUGGGUCCCUGUGAUGCAGCUGAGCCCGCGCCUCUUCUUCCCUCAUCCAAAUCAAAGACCAGACCGAAGCACGUAAGACAUGCCAGCGAGCCUGCCACAUUCAUACCCAUCUCGCCACCUCCGCGACUGCACCCUCUCAAGAAAGGGAGCAGUCUUUCAGACCAACCCGCCGGGAGUUCAACAGCCCCGAGUAAGCUCCCAGUAGACAAGGUCCCAUCUCUGGAGGACGUGACCCCGAAAUCUAUUCUCGACAUUGGCACUCCCGAGAGAGACGCGGACAGUCCAGGGCCUCUCCCCGGGAGUAGGGAUGGGGCUGAAGGUUCGGUGUCUUCAUCGGAGGGACCCAGCGAGAUCUUUGCCGGCCAAACUUCAGGCGCUGUACCACAGAAGGGUUUGGACAAUGCACCGUCUGUACCAGCCCCGCAGAGGACCAAGCCUCGAGUGGACAUGAGAAAACAUGUGAUGAUGACACUGCUGGAUACGGAAAGAUCAUAUGUGGAGUCACUACGCAGUCUCAUUCAGGGCUACAUGCGUCCUCUCAAACAGCCCGACGGGGGCUCCAUCGUGGACCCGCUGCUGGUGGACGAGAUGUUCUACCAAAUCCCCGAGAUCCUGGAGCACCACGAGCGCUUCCUGGAACAGGUGGACGGCUGCGUCAACCGGUGGCACGACAGGCAGACUGUUGGAGACCUCCUCAUCCAAUCGUUCUCCAAAGAGACUCUGGCCAAUACGUAUUCGGCCUACAUUGACAACUUUUUGAAUGCCAAAGAUGCUGUGAGAAUUGCGAAGGAGGCCAAGCCGGCUUUUCACAAGUUUCUGGAGCAAAAUAUGCGCGAGAACAAAGAGAAGCAGGCCCUGGGUGACCUGAUGAUCAAGCCGGUCCAGAGGAUCCCUCGAUACGAGCUUCUGGUCAAGGACCUUCUGAAGCACACCCCUGAUGACCACCCGGACCACUCCUUCCUGUUGGACGCCCAAAGGGACAUCAAGCGGCUGGCGGAGAAGAUUAAUAAAGGACGUCGCUCUGCCGAGGAGGCGGAGAGGGAGGCCAGGGUCAUCCAGGAAAUUGAGGCGCACAUAGAAGGAGUUGAACAUAUUUUGAAUCCCCAGAGGAAGUUUAUCAGGCAGGAGAUGGUGAUGGAAGCGAAGACGGUUGGCGGGAAGAAGGACCGCUCCCUUUUUCUCUUCAGCGAUCUGAUCAUCUGCACUACACUCAAAAGGAAGUCUGGAUCACUGAGACGCAGCUCCAUGAGCCUGUACUCCGCCACUAGUGUAAUCGAUACUUCCAGCAAGUACAAGUUUCUGUGGAAGCUUCCUCUGGAGGAUGUGGAAGUGGUGAAAAGUUCGACUCAAUCAACAAACAAGGAAAACGUCCAAAAAACAAUCAGUCGACUGGAUGAGGAUUUGAGCACACUGGGUCAGAUCAGUAAAUUGUCGGAGUCCCUCAGCUUGCCGCAUCAGUCCCUAGAUGAGGUGAUCAAGGAUUUGAUGGCCUCUGUGCACAGGGAGCUGUCAGAGAAGCAGUCUUUGGCCUUCAGUAUGACCUUUCUACCCACCAAGCUGGAGUUCACCAGCGUGUCGGCCGAGAGUAGCUUUGUCUUCGAGUUCACGUCUCCCGACAUUCGCUCCAACUUCGAGCAGGCGUUUGAGGAAGCAAAGAAGAAGCUGGCUGUGAUUAAGGACCAAUGGGACCCAGAAUUCCUAAAGGCUAUUCCCAUUAUGAAGACACGCAGUGGAAUGCAGUUUUCGUGCGCGUCUCCGAGUCACACCUGCCCUGACAAUGGCUGUGAAGUGUGGGUGUGUAACAGUGAUGGAUAUGUUGGACAGGUUUGUCUGCUGAACAUCAAGGAUGAGCCCACGGUGGAGGCCUGCAUUGCUGUCUGCUCAGCCAGGAUCAUCUGUAUUGCUGCUGUACCGGGACUGAAGGGGAGGGACCGUGGACCUGAAGCUGCCAUUCCGCCUACAACAACUGACCACACUCAACAACAGUUACAUAUUUCUAUCUCACAUUCCUCUCUGGAACUGACCGAGCAACCGACAGGACCGGGUGCUGAGCUGGUCCCUUUUGACAGUGACGACACAGACGACGACGACUCACCGAGCCCUUCAUCCACUCUACAGAGUCAAGCCAGCCACUCUACCAUCUCCUCCAGCUAUGGCAUUGAAGAGGCUCCGUGCUCCAAAGACUUGGCCACCGAGACCACCAGCAGUGAGGAAGAACAGGACUUCUCAGUGACGAGCUCAUAUUCGGCUCCGGGGAUGCUGGCCGUGAGCGGAGGAGGUCGAGCCAACACGGAGAGCCCCAUGGACGGCCGCGCCAUGCGCCGCUCCUCGCGGGGUUCUUUCACCCGAGCCAGUUUGGAAGACUUGCUCAGUAUUGACCCAGAAGCCUACCAGAGCUCUGUGUGGCUCGGGACAGAAGAUGGAUGUAUCCACGUGUACCAGUCCUCGGAUAACAUCCGCAACCGCAAAAACAGCAUGAAGAUGCAACACGCGGCUUCCAUCUUGUGUAUAUUAUAUUUGGACAACAAAGUGUUUGUGUCAUUGGCGAAUGGUGAGGUGAUCGUCUAUCAGAGGCAAGCAGGAAGUUUCUGGGACUCUCAGUCUUCUCAGACAUUAGUUCUUGGCACUCCAAGCAGUCCCGUCACCAAAAUGGUUCCAGUCGGGGGAAAAUUGUGGUGUGGCUCCCAGAACAGAAUCUUAAUCAUUAACUCAACUACACUGGCGCAGGAGCAUUCCUUCCAGGUGGGAACCGAUAGCAGCCGGUGCGUGACGUGCAUGGUGGUGUACGGGCAGGGUGUGUGGUUGGCCCUGCAGGGCAGUGCACAUGUUAAGCUGUACCAUGCUCAAACGUGGGAGAGCUUGACGGAGGUUGAUGUGGCGCCAGCUGUUCACAAGAUGCUUGCAGGUGCAGAUGCAAUCAUCAGACAGCACAAAGCCGCUUGCCUGAGAAUCACAGCACUGCUGGCCUGCAAGGAUCUCUUGUGGAUCGGCACCAGUGCAGGGGUAGUCCUCACUUUGGUGAUCCCAGCAGCGAGUUCUGGAACAGGCACGUGUGCGGUGAAAAGCCCUCUAGUUCCAAUGGGCUCCGCCCACGGACACACAGGUCAUGUUCGAUUCCUGACGACAGUCGAGCUACCAGAAGGUUUGGGGAUGAACUUCCCUUCCCCGACAUUGGACCCCACAGGCAAACAGUCACAGGGUGGCGCCAUCGUUGACGGACACCUUCAAAGGCACGAUUCCGCUCGCCGCCGAUCGUCCACCCACCUGCCUCCAAAGACCAAUCAACUUGUCAUAUCGGGCGGCGACGGCUAUGAGGACUUCAGACUGAACAAUAGCAGUGAGACUAUUGGACGGGAUGACAGCACCAACCACCUUUUGGUAUGGAGGGUCUGAGACGAUCGAGCCCAUUCUGGACGAAAAGACCCAAAGUCCCUCUUGCUGCAUACACGUGCUCCAAGCUGCGUGUAUGUUGGCAUUGUUUUUGUUCCCUGCUCGGCUCCAUCGGUCUUUUUGUGCACUAUUGAUAUGAUGAUUAGGUUCACUGGAACCCCUAGUUUUGUGGAUUAUUCCAGGAUGAGGCGGACAACAUGAAGUGGCAUUUUUUCCCCCCCAGUAUGGCAUAUUAAAUAGCCAUAAAACAGAAGUCUAAAAGAGACAGAAGAGACAGAGGUGGGUUCACUGACAAUUCUAAAUUGUCCAUAGGUGUGCACGUGAGUGUGAAUGUUUGUCUAUGUGUACCCUGCGAUGAUUAGCAGAGAAGUUCCGCAUUGAAGUAAGCGUCCCAAAGACUGAUGGGCCCCGGAGCUCUGAUCGGUGCCAUCGUAUCAUCAGCCGACAGCCAGAAUCCAAUGUUUAAAGAACAUUUUGAAAGGUUGGAUCCGAGCGCGUUCACACUAUGUUCGGAAGGUGUGUAACCACUAUUUGUGCAUAUUUGAAAUCCAUCACCUCCAAUUAAUUCCCUGAUUUACUAGGAAUUUAUUGGUGGAUGUACAUAUGUUUGUGUUUUCCACAAAUAGUCAUAAUCUGUUCAAUGUUUAAAGAGAACACAAAUGAGUAAUUAAUGUGUCUUUACGGGCAAAAAAGUGCAUUGCCAUGACUAUGCCAAAGCCUUCUAUGUUUUAGUUUGAAUGAUUAGAAGAUUUAUUUUGACAGCAUUAUCUGCCGGGAAGACAGAUCAGCACAUAGACUGCUGAUUUCUUUAGCAGGGCAAGUUGAUAUACCAAGUAGCAGAUGAAGAUAGUGAUGUACAGUAUUUAUGCUUUUGACUUCAACUUCUUCUGGAUAGCACUUAAUUGAUAGAAGAUGUAGCGUCCACCUUUUCUUUGUGAGUUGGGGUACGAGGAGGUCACAGUGUCAAUUCCAGGGCAUGCGCAUCGAGUUCAUGCACCCACGCAGUGCAAGGAAAAACAGAAGCCUCCAGAAAAUUUCAGAUUUUCAGACACUUACCGCCAUGUUUCCUCACACUUGCCCAAUCUGAAGAUGUUAAGGGUACGAUUGCAAAUAUGUGUCUGCCAGCUUUGCAAAAAAGAAAAAAAUGCUAACGCAUAAACAUAUUUGUUUUGUUGUGUGGCAUUAAUGUGAUUAAUUUUCACCUGCAGCCAUUUUAGUCUUUAGUGUGCUACUGUAUAUGCUGAGUAGGUCAGCAGGACAAGCGCUUAAGCGCCCGCACGUGCCUUCAGAAGGUUAGAAGUUAAGCCAUUGUACACAUUUACGCACGCACGCACACAGAUGUCAGUGGAAGUGAAGGACAGGUGAAUGUCUCCUUACGCACAGCGUAGCCUGAGGAUUUGGGGUUUAGCGCUGAUCGGUUUGGAUCGCUCCAAGCCGAGAAAGCGCACCAUCAGCCAUCUGGGCUCUUCAUCCCGUGCAUCAGCAUUAGGUCAAUACUGAGCUAACGCGUUAAGUGGAUUAAACUGACCAUUGUGAUAUCUGCUUCGUACUUAAAUGAGCUGACGUUGAAUAGCACCUGUCUUAGCGUUUCCCGAAUGUUUUUCUGUUUUCUGGAUGCAGAUUACUUCCAGUUGCAAUCAUUAUGUGGUAGACCGCAUGAGAUAUUUGAAUAGGGGGGAAAAAAAAUCGUUUUGAAGGGGAAUUUUUUUUUUUUACCACUCUGCGCUCACUAAUAUAAACUGAUCAGCCUUAUCAUUUGUUCAUUUAUCCAGCCUGUCUGAAGGUAAUGUUUAGUUUUGAUCAACACUGUGGCUGUCAAUGUACCAACAUUAAAAAAAAAGGUUUUUGUCCAGAUUAACAUCAAAUGAAAGAAAUUCUUCCCUAUAAUGUUGAGACACAAGCCCAAUAAGAUGAUUUCAGAAAAUGCCAAGUGGUUAAAAGUUAUCAAUGAAUGUUGUUUACUGACAAAAUGCCACCUCAGUGAAAUUGCUGUACAGUAUACUCAUGCUGGCUGUACAGGUACAGAGGAACAUCAUGCUGUGUUUUGUGUUUAUGCAAAAAAAAAAAAAAAAAAGACAUUCUUGCAGCAUCUAUGUGCAAUCUGUGCAUUAUUGCAGUAUUUUACAAUUUUACUGAGUUGAUCACUUAAAAAAAAAAACCUUCACAUCAUGUCAGUCAUUACAACAAAUUCCUAAAAUAAUUAAAGUCCAUGUCUUCAUUGUUAGUUCAUUCAAAAUCAAUUUUCCUCAAUUGUUUGCCUAAUGGGUAUCUCUAUAUUUCCUCAGGCAAUAGGCAAGGCACGUUUCAUUCGUAACUGAAGUUGACCUCCAUGAUACUCAAAAAAGAAAGGCUUUAUCCGGUCCAUGAAUCCCUUGAAAGUCAUUUAGCUUGUAUUUAUCGCCUCAUGCCUGAUGUGGGCAUUCUUUACUGUUGUAAAUAUUAGUACAAAUGGCCUUUUUUUUCUGUAAAUAAUGCACCCGAGGUCUUCAAUUGUCAAUAUGAAUCUAAUGGCAUAUUUUUUUAUAUAUUUGUGUAAAGCUUUUUGUUCGCAUUUUAAUUAUUUUCCCCUCCUUCCGGCCUGCCUGCCAGCACCACAUUUAAAUUAUACCCAGCAUCUCUCCAAAACAAAGACUCGAUGGCCUCUGAUGUGACCAAACAAACGAUCUGUGCCAUUUGUGUUGUUGCUGGUAGACCAGUUUCACUCUUAAACGUGUUUUCAAUGUGAUUGACGUCUCCAAGGGGUAAAUGAUCGCUGCAGGUGCAACUGCUCGACACCUUGUAGUUGUCAGAUAUCACUUCCUGUGUUUACCGGUCAUGUUUUGUCAAUGUUGGUUCAUACUUGUAAUUAAAAACAUUCACUGGU